CCGGCAUUUUCCCACAACACCCUGCUGCCGCUCACACAGAUUACGAAAAUGGCGGAUAACGCGUCUUCGGUAGGUUUUCGAACGAUAUAAAUCUAUUUUUGAGACAAUGGUUGGUUUUAGGUUGCUAAUUUUCGCAUUUUUACACAGGUCGAGAUUGUUGAAGGCUGUCGCCUCCCCGUUCUUCGUAAAAACCAAGAGCACGAGGACGAAUGGCGUAAGUAUUAGUCUGGUUGUUUUUCCCCGUGCUAAGCGAGCUAAUGCUAACUAUAGAGCCUCAGCUGUUGUUAGCAGCGCGAUCGGCCUCCCGUUAAAGCUCUGUAAACACCACAGCCACCGGGGACACAUGCCAUACUAAACCGACAGAGGAUGAAUUUAAAAGCUGGUUAUAUCUGUAGUCACACCAAAUUAUGCACCAGUAAAAAUCAUAACGUUUCAGUACAUUAACGUUUAAUUUUAUUGGUUGAUCAUCCUGACAUCAGACGUGUAUUUAAAGCCCAUUUUGAUAGCUAAACAAUUCUGACAUUUCACCGUAAACACAUAUUUUAAAGCUUUUUAUAACCUGACAUCCAAGUAGCGAAUAGCACUUAAUUUUAAUAGUUUGAUUCUUAUAUUAGGAUGUUACUCAAUGUCAUAAAUACGCUGCCUGCUGUCAGAGAUGUCAAGUAAGAAAACUAUUAUCUCAACGUUGAGAUUUCUUAUGAUGAUGAUUAAGUACGAACAAAUAAACCUGCUUUUCUUACACCUCAUUAUCCUAUUUCACGUUACACCUGUAAUAGCAUUUUUUAAGUCACCUAGGAUACACCUUAGUGAUAAAACCUUUCAGGAUGAUUUUAAAACUCUUCCAGUUUUUCAUUUUCUUGAUAACAGUAGUUAUCCAUUGAGGACCUUAUUAUUAGAUGUGUAAUUGAAAACGACUGCAGUUCACUCACUUAAGAACCUGAAGUGAAAACUGUUUGGCAUUAAAUUGUCUUUCAUCUGUCAAUUAAAUAACAGGGGGCUAGUUAUUUAAAGAGUACAAUUGUGAAGUUAAGUGAAAGUUGCAUGUAGAUGUUGUAUUUGCAGUUUCUUAGUAGUUUCAUUAACAACAUUGUGAUGAUGUGCACAGUUUUUCAUAAUAAUAAUAAUAAUAAUUUCUCUAUUUUUUGUAUGUCUUUCUCAGCUUUGGCUGAAAUUCUCAGUGUGAAGGAGGUAUCUGCGAGAAAGCUUUAUUAUGUUCACUACAUCGACUGUGAGUAUAGUUUGUGCAUCUUCUUCACUAUCCUCUUACAGCCACUUUGCCAUAAGAACCGCCAUAUUGACCUGAAUGUAAGACAAGGUUUUUAUUUUGAGAAAUACACCUGAAAAACAGCGAGGUUAUCUUGUAUUCGGUCUUUGGUAAUUAAAUACCAAUAGUCGUUACAAAAAUGCUAGCAAUGUCACAGAGUAUAGUAUCCAAUGAUGUUGGGCAUAAAAAGAUUGUGGUCAAGUUUGUGACUGAAUAAAAGAAAGAAAGUAUGUCCAUUAACAAACCUUUAACCCAUCUGAUAGACUGCAGGUUUAUUUAAUUUUUAUGGUAUUAAAAUACCAAAACUAUAGGUGCAGAUAUAUGCAGAUAAGAAUGACAUAUGGUCUUGACAAAGUCUUUUCUGAAAAAUUUGUCGUGAAAAGUGGGAGCUGUCUUACACUCGGGCCAACACGAUCUAUCACACAGAAGUAUUUACAGAAAAAAAAAAUGUUGUAUGUGUAAAAUUGCUUCUGUCUUAAGUUAACAAACGCCUGGAUGAGUGGGUCACAGGAGACAGGCUGGACAUGAAGAAGCUUCAGUUUCCUAAGAAAGAAGCUAAAACGCCAACCAAGAAUGGUCUUUCAGGCUCUCGUCCCAGUUCUCCAGAGAGAGAAGUGGUAAGCAGAUGCUACCGUACCAGUUGUUUAUCCCAGACCCCAAAACAUAACAGCUAUCAACGUAACUCAGUCUUAAAGACGACUUUUGAAAUUGAUACUUUAUUGAUCCAGAGGGAAAUUUCUGUGAAUAUAACACAAAUAAGGAAUAUAAUAACCUUGGUGGUUUUGAUUAUAGCAAUCCAGAUAGAUAUGGACUGCCAGCAACAUACAUACACAAAGACAAAUAUUAACAUCUAACCUCUUGUUUUGUCAAAUUUUAACAUCUUAGCAGCCAUUUACAUGUUCACGCCACUGUCAACAGAUGAUAUGUUGCAGCCUGCCAGAACAAUAGUUAAAGAUCUCUGACCUUAAGAUCAGAGUAUGUGUUUUUUCUUUUCCUUCAGCUAUGAUACAGCAGAAACAUUGAAGAAGUGUUUGUUAAAGACAUUCCACCAAUAAGAAACACAUAAACCAUCACUUUUGACUUUGUACAUCUCUCAUCACGAUUGCUCAGAAAUGAUUUGAUCAGAAAAUGGCACCUUUUAAGAAACUGUUCUUUCAAAUGUUGCGUUGUUGAAAAGAUGAGGUAAAUUGAAUACCAGAGUAUUAAUCUGAGUGAUAAAAUGAAUGUAAAUUUAACCCUCUUCCUUCUCUUCCUUUCUGUUCAAUUCAGAGGAAGAGUCUAGAUCUCAACGUACAAUCUGCCACAGCUCCUUCCAGAGGCAAAACACUCCCCACACCGGUACAACUUGAAUUGACCCAUUGUAGAAAUGACCUGAGCCCUUGUUUGAACCUGGUGUUAACGUGCAUCUUGUGUGAUCAUACAGCUAUCGGGUCAUGCUGAACUGCAUGGAAAUCCAGAUAUAAACAACCACGUCACAAAAAAGGAAGAUGAUGAUCCAGUCGUGCAGAUCACAUCUGGAAGUGGUUUAACACUCAGUGUAUCCAAAUGUUUGUCAGGUGUUUGCUCUGGACUUGAAAAGCCACGUGUCAAGGUAGCCAGCACUCUCUGUUCAUGUUGUGAUCUCUCAUGUAGUGCAAAAAAAUUGUUUUGAAUAAGCGUAGAUUACCUGCUGAUCUAAUAAUGACAUAAUUUCUGAAAAUCGCAUGUCCUGAUUUAACCGUUAAGUGAAAAAAUGCUCAAAGUUGUUGAUGUUUUUAUUUGGCACUUCUGUGGGGGAAGACUCCCGAAUACACAUCUUAGCUCUAAUUGUGCAUCCAAUGCAGUUGCAGCUGAUCUAUGUCUUCUGCAUCUUAAUACCAGGUUUGAAUAGGGUUAAUUUAUUCUAGUUUAACCUGGAGAUAAUCAGAAAUUGUUCAAACCUAAUCAAAUUGGUAUGCAUUGGCUUUUAAAAAGACACAGUUUGAGCUCAUAUUAGUGUGCAAACAAUAGGUAGUGUAACUGUGGCACUCCACUCCUUUACGUGUGUGUAUAGUUAUAAAAGAUUAAUAAUAUGUGCGUUGGUCUGACCAGAAUCAUAAGAUCUUGUUUGGAAACAGAAAUCCUGAUUCAGCUGUGUCACAGUCUAAUCUCAUUUAAAGCCCAAUGUCUAACAAUGUUUGUUUACCGCAGAAGAGGAAAGUAGAGCCCGUCCCCUUGGCGACUCAGGUAUCCCCGGCCGCCCCCGUGCCCUCCCUGCCAGGUUCAGCUGAAGCCUCUCAGGCAUCUGUUUUUCCUGCUGCGAGGGAGACCAACACUUUCAAGACCCGGGAAGACCAUGAACAGCUUUCCUUGCUCACAACGGUGACUAUUCAUCCCCUGUGAUUAUUUAAUGGUAGCUUUCCAGUCCUAAUUCAGUGGCUAGUUGUAAUUUAUCAUUUCUCUGUAAAAACAGAACGGCACUGCCAGACGACUCAUCCCCUCACAGCCCGGGAGAAAAAGAAAAGCAAACUGUGGAGGAACUGAUGAGGUAUUUCAUUUCAGUAUAUUCCAUUAAUUUGUCAUGUUUACUCUGUGUCUAAGCUCACAUAGUUGUUUUUGAAAAAGUAUGAGUGACACUUAAUUUUGAGUAAAGUAAAUGUGUAGUAUGUGUAAUCCUGUUAGGAACUCAUUCAGCCAAAACCAAACAAUUUAAACUGCAAUAAAGACAGUCGAACUGAUUUUACAACUUAAUCAAGUAAUCUCAUUCUUCUAUGACUCUUGAAUAUAAAAUGACCACAAGCACUGCCUCAGUUGUGUGAUGGAUGUGGAUCUUAUUUUGUUUUCUUCUUUUGAAUAACUCAAACGCAUGCUUGUCAUUCUUUUUAUUUAAUUUUCACUCUCGAAUAGAUUUUCUCUUUUCAAGCUCAAUUCAUAUCACCACCCUGAUGCAAUAUUUUGACACAAUUUGUCAUAUAAUAAUUUUCAUCGAUAUUUGGAGUGUCAGUGUGUUGUGUAUUUCAUGUUGCUUAAAGUAGUACAUUACUCCUUAAAAGCGUUGUUUCAUAUUUGGCAAAAAUUAAGUCAACUAAGAUAUCGCUUUGCUUAGUCGUUGCUCGACUUUUUCAAUUUUGUAGUUCAACUGCAUCUCAGCAUGAUUGACAGAAAACAGUAUAACAUGAAGAAUUAGUUCCAGUGACUGAUGAUUUAAUCAAUUAACUAAUAAAUUAUUAAUAUCCUGUCAUCUCCGAGCAGAUUAUAUAUCAAAAUCAUGAACAAGUUAUGAUGGAUUGGUGCAGUAAAUCAUCAGAGGUGUUCGCUGUGUCCACUUUCAUUCAAAUAACUUGAAACCAUGAAAACUAAUUUAAUGUCACAAGACGAGGUGGGCAGAUUUGCAAACCCCGCACAGUUUUUAGCUUCUCUUUUCUGAGGCGAUUUAACACCAAUGCCAACCUCCUCAUUAAAUGUACAAAAUAGCCUGUUAAGAACAAAUGACAUGAUUGGACAAACAUCUGUGUUCGCUCUUUUCCUCUUACUUUAUGCAUCCUCAGAUAUUUUGUCUGUGUUUGCCACUUGCUGGCUGGCCUCUAAUGAACUCAAUCCUGGAAUGAAGUAAAACCACAAACUCAGUAUUGCUUUCAGUCUGCCCCUUAAACUGUUUAGUGUCAACAAGAUUAAAUUGAUUCUGCUUUUUUAGUUUCCAAAAGCCUGUGUUUUUGUGUCUUUUUCUGCCAGAUGAUAAAGGUUUUGCAGUAUAACAACCCUCAAAGUGCCAGCGUCUUUCUACCACCACCAGAGGUCUGUUUCAUUUUCUAUUCAUCUGUGUCUAAAUGCGUCCAAUAACAUGAAUGUGCUCUUUACCUCAGACCGGAGUCUAGUGGUUUUGAUUACAUGCACAGCCUCUUUGAAUAAAACCUUUUUGUCAUGUCGAUGUAAUGUGUCUACAUUGUUUACCAACAGGACUCCCAGGACAGCUCUGAUGGCAUCCCUACUGCUCCCCGCAUGACGGGCAGUCUGGUGUCUGACCGCAGCCACGAUGACAUCGUCACGCGGAUGAAAAAUAUCGAGUGUAUAGAGCUGGGACGUCACAGGCUGAAGCCCUGGUAUUUCUCACCGUACCCGCAGGAACUCACCACACUGCCCAUCCUCUACCUCUGUGAAUUCUGUCUAAAGUACCUCAAGAGCCUGAAGUGUCUGCAGAGGCAUUUGGUAGGAAUCGCCAGCAUGUCACAGCUUAAGCCCUUAAUCUCUAGCUGCUCAGAUUUCUGUACCUUGCAUUCAUCUUCUUGUGUCCAUCAUCUUUGACAGACAAAAUGUAAUCUCAGACAUCCUCCAGGCAAUGAGAUCUACCGCAAAGGCACUAUCUCAUUCUUUGAGAUUGACGGCAGGAAAAAUAAAGUGAGUAAAAAUAAAAACGUGUUUCUCCCUCUUCAGCCGUUUCACAUAUGACAGCGUUUUUUUUUUUCCUGGCAUUUUGUGUUUCGAUUCUUCUUUAACUAAUCUAUAUGCUUAUCUUUUCCAGACAUAUUCCCAGAACUUAUGUUUACUCGCUAAGUGUUUCCUGGACCAUAAAACCCUGUAUUACGACACCGACCCGUUCCUCUUCUAUGUAAUGACAGAGUAUGACUCCAAAGGCUUUCACAUAGUGGGCUACUUCUCUAAGGUGCACGAGUAAUCAAGAAAAUCUAAUCAAGGGUCAUUUCUAAUUAGGUCAUUCUUUAGCCUAACUUAGUCUUUGUUUUGUAUUUUCAGGAAAAAGAGUCGACUGAAGAUUAUAAUGUUGCCUGCAUCCUGACGUUACCUCCCUACCAGAGGAGAGGUUAUGGCAAACUGCUAAUCGAGUUCAGUAAGUGCAUAUCCAGUACCGGCACAAAGCUGAGUGAAUAUUUACUGUUUUCACCCUAUAAGCGCUGAUCGUCUGUACACUUAUAAUGUGUCUGUCAGGUUACGAGCUUUCCAAAGUCGAAGGUAAGACAGGCACCCCUGAGAAGCCGCUCUCUGACCUGGGUCUCCUGUCCUAUCGCUCCUACUGGUCCCAGACUAUCCUGGAAAUUCUCAUGGACCUGAAACCUGACAACGGAGAGAGGCCACAGAUAACCAUCAAGUAUGUGAUUCUUAUUUAGUCGUCUUUGUUAGAUGUGCAGUUUGAUCAUUGUUUUUAUAUCUUUUCACUGUUCCAUGUUUGUGCCACCAGUGAGAUCAGUGAGAUUACAAGUGUGAAGAAAGAAGAUGUCAUUUCAACGCUUCAAUACCUCAACCUCAUUAACUAUUACAAGGUAGGUGACCUAUGCUGCAGAUAUCCUCUUUUGAACUUUCUCUGUUUGAUACUAAAACGGAAGGGGUCUGAAAUGUUUCCUUGUUUUGUUUCUUGUAUCCAGGGUCAGUACAUCCUGACUCUUUCGGAGGACAUUGUGGACGGUCACGAAAGAGCGAUGCAGAAGAGACACUUGCGCAUAGAUCCAAAAUGUCUCCACUUCACACCUAAAGACUGGAGCAAGAGGGGCAAGUGGUAGAGUCCCUGACUGGAUACCCUCUGUAACCUGCAGACGACAGACUUGAAGCAAAUUGUGGAUCAGAGAAACGUUUUUUAACAGUCUCACAGACAACAUGAGAAACCUUUACGAACCCACAAAAGGACUGCUCUUCAGAAAAAAAGCAAUGAACAAAACAUUUCACUUGACAUCUGUAAGCUUUUAUUGCAAAUACUCAUAGUAUGAUGGGAUUUUGGAAGACUCAGCAUCUGAUGAAACAAAGGUCAGCAAAGACCCCAACAAAUAUAAACCACACCUGGGUCCUGUGUAUGAGAUUCUAUUUAAACUGAGACAAGGCAGUAGUUUAAAAGUCUGAAUUACAUUUUAAAGCGGCAAACUAAAACAAUGGGAAUGGGACGAUUGUUUUUAGAUAAAUGGUAAAUCGCAUGUUUGUUGAUCAGUUCCCAUUUAUGUGAAAAGCACAGGGGUUCACUUUCCCAUAAAUUCAACAAUAGCAUAUCUGCCUCUUUUACACAACAAAGGGGUAACCUGUUUUUUCAAAUUCUUUGUAGUAGGGUUUAAAGUUAAAAUGACGGCAAGAAAAUCAUUUUCAUAUCCCUCUGUGGGUUGGCUGCAAAUACAUUUCAACUAAAUUCUCUACAGAACUUCUCCAAAAAUUGCUCCAAUCUUCCAUUAAACCUGAACUUUAGAUAAUGGAGGAGCUUUUUUAAACACUCCAGAUGCUUCAAAAGGACGUUCAGAAAUAACUUGUAAAAAAAAAACGAGUUCCCAUAAUUUGGACACAAAACUAUCUUGUUGACUGAUUUUUAUCCUUGUGCCCUCCCAUAAUUAACGGUGGAGUUACUGACCUAUUCGAACCCUCUGCCCGACUCAAAUUGGUGGUUUAUUGUGAUUCCCUUUGAGUGCCUGGACUUGAACAUAUCUCUAACUCCCUGAACGGGGUAGAUCAUUUCUGUUGACCUUAUUUAACAAACAACGUUCACCAUUAAGAAUAUGAACAUCACAAUCAACAGUGCGAACACAGAAACAAAGUUGUUACAUGAACCUCUAGUUAUAACAGUACAAACCACAGUGGCCCAUUCAUGUUGUCAUUAGAAGUAGCUAUGUUCUUUGUGAUCAUUCAGGUGACUUUUUCUCCCACAUUUUCUUCCUCUAUGACCAUUUGUACAGUGUGCAGUGAGAUCUAUCACCCCCCUUAAGUUAAACUCAUGUCCCCUGUUACUGUACAUACUGGACCUGAUUGUAUAAAAAAAUAGCUUAGAAGACAGAAGCCAUGUUGAACUGUUAGAGGAAUGUAAAUUUUGUGUACAGUUGUCAAUUUUUUACUCGAUAUAAACUAACUGGCUGCACAAUAUGAACAGAAAAGUAUGUGAAAGUGAUGAAUUACUUUCAGUUUGUAUUUUAUGUUUACAUUUCACAAAGGAUCCCUGUUGAAAUGAUUUAGUUUAUCUUAAAGUGAAACACAGUCAAGAGUAUGACUUCAGCAUUUGAUAUGAAAAACUUGUUGAAUUGAUAAAAAAAAAAAACAUUUUAAAAACAUUUACUGCAUCUUUAA